UAAUUUUGUCUCUUUCUUUAGGAGAACAUUCUGUUUUUGUUUGCCUCGCUUAUUAACUGAAUGUACCAGUUAUGAUGAAGCCCGUUGCGACCCAGUAAAACCACUGGUGCAACAAACAGCGUGUUUGGCUUCGCAGAGAGGAAGCUGUCUGCGGUCUGAAGUGCUGAGCGAUUGAAAGGUGCAGUGCGGGCUCUUCCUCACUCAAUGUCAACGUCUCUUGGCUGACCCAGCGCGCGAUCAAGCUUCAAAUCUCCGUGAUUUAUAACGAAUUGAUGCGUUCGUAAUAAUAAAAAAACUGACAGCAGUUAACUGUUUAGCCCCAUAGAGAGAACGAAACUUUAAAAUGGUUAGUCUAAUUUCAUUUUAGCUUUUCACGUUUUUAGAGAAACUAUUUUAGAAGUUAUCGAUCUGAUGAUAAUCUGUGUCUUUGACAGCAACUGAGACGGCACCUCCGCUUUCCGCUUCCCUUUCGACAUAACCAAUCAGCAGCGGCAGCUCCUCCUGAAGCUCCUCCCCUCUCCCCAUGCCUCGCUCCUUCCUGGUCAAGAGCAAGAAGGCAGGAUGUCACACUCCGCGCUGUGCGGAGGACAGGCGCCACUCAGUACCCGACCCGUGCGCCGUCGUGCUGUCGGAAAGGACACCAUUUCCCAGAAUCCCCUCUUCUAACGGUUACCCCGUUGUCAUGGUUACGGAGACGGGCGACUCGCCACCUUCACACCUCUCACCCAUGCUUCCUGUUGCACCUUGGUCUGCAGGCCAGCCCAGGCAAGAUGUGGACCCUCUCCCGGCCGGGUGGUCCCAGCCCCCCCCGAACUCCAGGGUCCCCCCGAAAGAGCGGGAGCUGGAGAGGCUGCUCAGCAUGCUGCCGAACCCCAAACAGGGGGCUGGGGGGCGAAACGGGGGGGCAGAGGAAGUGGUCUGCACGCAACGCAGCGGGCUCAAAUCAGUCCCCAGCCCCUGCCCUCUGUGCAGGAAGAUGCUCUCCUCUGCCGACGGUCUGGAGGCUCACCUGCACAGGUCACAUGUCAGCUGGCUCACUCUCCCAUUGGGUGCAUACGCCAAGGUCAAUGACCAGACGUACGUCUUCAGGCCAGAGCUGGGGCAGCACAGCAGGGCCAAGGAGAGGAGUUUCAGCUGUAAGGAAUGCGGAAAGACCUUCAAGCGCUCGUCCACCCUGUCCACGCACCUGCUGAUCCACUCGGACACGCGGCCCUACCCCUGCCAGUACUGCGGCAAGAGGUUCCACCAGAAGUCCGACAUGAAGAAGCACACCUUCAUACACACAGGUGAGAAGCCCCACGUGUGCCAGGUGUGCGGAAAGGCCUUCAGCCAGAGCUCCAACCUCAUCACGCACAGCCGCAAGCACAGCGGCUACCAGCCCUUCACCUGCGCCCGCUGCCACGCCGGCUUCCAGCGCAAGGUGGACCUGCGGCGCCACCAGGAGCUGCACUGCGGGUACUACCGCGCCGAGGACCCCGCCCAGCACAUCGAGGCUCUGCAGCGCGCGCACCUGGGAGUGCACUGAACACGCACCAGCGACACCAACACACACCUCUCACACGCCUAACACUGAACACCACUGAACACACGCCUCUCACUGAACACCACUGAACACACGCCUCUCACACGCCUAACACUGAACACCACUGAAAACACGCCUCACACUGAACACCACUGAAAACACGCCUCUCACACGCCUAACACUGAACACACGCCUCACACUGAACACCACUGAACACACGCCUCUCACACGCCUAACACUGAACACCACUGAACACACACCUCUCACUGAACACCACAGAACACACGCCUCUCACACGCCUAACACUGAACACCACUGAA